AUGCGGAAAGUCUGUGGAGUGGCCAAAGGCGUUUGCAUUGAUGCAGGGUUUCAAGCAAGGCGGUGCUCAAGCAGAUUUGGUGACCUUAGGAGCUGCGCUCAACUCUUUGGAACGAGCGGGGCGAUGGGCAAAGGGCAUUGGCAACGUGCGCUCGACAUUUUUGCCACAAUAGUGGCACAGAGGCUUGGAGCCAAUCUUGCAGCGCACAAUGCUGCAAUCACAGCAUGCGUAAGGGGUGAGCAGUGGCAACGGGCUUUGGUGGCAUUAGGGAAUGCAAUGAACUGCAACUUGAAGCUGAAUGCUAUAACCUGUAGCGCUGCCCUGAAAUCUUGCGAGAUCGGAUCAGCCUGGCAGUCGGCCCAGUUUUUGCUUGAGCGCAUGACUGAGGUCAAGACUGAGCCAAACUUGAUCAUGUGCAACGGUGCCAUCAGCGCACUGAGCAAAGGACAUCAGUGGCAACUUGCAUUGACAAUGAUGAAAGAGAUGGCAGCCAUGCCGUUGGAACGUGACAUAACGACCUUUACUUCAGCCGUGGGUGCAUGUGCGGAGGCAGAGUGGAAGAGAUCACUGUGCCUUGUUGAGGCAGCAGCUUUGCUGCACAUACGCUCGGAUGUUGUGAUUUACACAAUUGCGAUCAAGUCCUACAGUCUUGACAAAAACAAUAGACAGAACUGGCGCCUGGCUAUAGGAGUCUCUGAUCAGCUGGAGGAGGUCAGCAUAAAGAUUGACACUGCCUUUGCUGGAACUGUAAUUGGUGCAUGUGGGCAAGCUUCGAUGUGGAGGUUGGCAAUGCAAGCAAUGCAUGCAAUGCUCCAGGAACUGCCUGAACAGAAGUUCCGUUCAGGUCCGAGUUGCAGUGCCUUAUACACCAAUGUCAUUGCCAUGUGUGGACAGCAAGUACAAUGGCAAAGAGCACUUUUUUGGAUUCAACACAUGAGUGACCAGAACUUUGCUGCAAGCACUGUGCCAUACACAGCAGCUAUGGCUGCUUGUGCUGAUUCUGAUCAGUGGCAAGCUGCGCUGGUUUUAUUGUCGCAUUUGGAGGAAGAGAAGUGUCAGUUGGAUGCAGUGACUUACAGCCCCAUAAUUGCAUCUUGCCAUUGGCAGAUCUCGCUUGUUUUAGUGUCAGAGAUGGAGCAGAGGACUAUACAACGGAACCUGAUAACUCUAAAUUCUGCCAUUCACGCGUGUGGGAAGUCGAGCAGGUGGACAGAAGCCUUGCUGCUCUUUCAUGGCUUCGAAGGUCAAGGCAUUGAGCGAGACAUUGUCACCUUCAACUCUGCCAUGCUGGCGUGCUCUGCUGCAACACGCUGGGCGUCCGUUUUGAAUGUGUUGUCACAACUAAAUCACAGCCAAAUUAAAGGAAAUACUCUCACUUACACGAUUGCUGCAGGUUGUGGUUGGGCCGUCCCGUCGUCCCACAGAAUCUUGGCAGCUUUGGAGAGUGCCGGGAUUGAGAUUGUCAAAGAAGCCUUGGCUUGA